AGUGUAAGCGUCUCGCCCGGCUGUCCCUCUUUGUCCGGCAUCGACUGUAGGCCGUAAUAGUCAUGGCCAAAUUCGCGUUUGAGGAUAAAUUUUAAUUGUAAGUCUAUUUGACAUUGACUGUUUGCUUUAUGAGGAUUGAUAAAUAUGGAAUAAUGUAACUGUCUAGUUUGUUUUAACGCUUAGCGUGAGCCACAUACAGCUUGCAGUCAAAGCCUGAGCUAGCUGGUUUACUAGCUAUGCUAGCUACUCGGCUCUUAACAGCUAACGUAGCUAAGCUAGCUAGCAAUCUGGCAAGCGCUUUCACAGAGACCGUAUCGAGUUAAUCAUGGAGAGCGCGCGCGCGCGGGGCUUCAUAUCACGUGCGUGUAGCGUGGAGCUCGAUCGCGUUGCAUUAUGAUCGGGACAAGACAAAGCUCUUAUUAUCUUCACUCACACUAGCGUUGUGUAGCGCUGUAGCUAAGCAGUUAGCAGCACAUCUGUAAGUGAUCACAGGAGGGAGGUGGACUCGCAGGCAGAUCCAUUCAAUAACAUUACAAGCUUGUUGGUUCGGGAUUUUUUCCCUACGUCUUUCUUCGUGCUCACUUUCCCCCCCACAGGAAAAUCUCAGUCGUCUUGAGUAGAGAUUAGUUUGCUUUCUACGUAAGAAACCCCCCAGAUGAACCCAGAUCCUCUACCUGCUCAGUAUUCUGGAGGGAUUUCUCGAUCUUAGCUGUCAGCUUGUACUCCUACGCUGUCGUUACUCGGACCUGAGGACACGUUCUUCUUUUUUUAUAUGUGAACGGUGACAUGGCAGCGCGCCGCCAACCGUUUUAAUGGCUGCCGAAUCGGGGAGACUGCAGGCGGGACAAGGUCAAGGGAAGCGUGGCAAAGGUUCCCAGAUGAAAAGCCCGGAGAAAAAGAAGAGGAAGUCUAGCACUCAGGGGGCAGGUUUCUCCCACCUCUCUGAGUUUGCACCUCCUCCAACCCCUAUGGUAGACCAUCUUGUGGCCUCAAACCCAUUCGAUGAUGACUUUGGCCCACCAUCACGUCCUGCUGGAGCCGGGGGUCCAGGAAGUGCACCGUUUCUGCCAAGCCCAGGGGCUGGUGGGGGGGGAGGAGGAGGUUAUGGCGGACCAGGAAGAAUGGGAGGGGGCAUGGCCUACAUGGCUGGCCCAGGAGGCCCAGGUGGUGGACAGUCUGGACGAAGACCCCCUUUUGGACCUCCACCACCCAACACUGGACCACAUCACCCAAUAGGAUUUGGAGGAAUGCCUGGAUUUGGGGGUGGAGGAGGAGGAGGAGGAGGAGGUGGUGGUGGAGGUGGUUUUCCUCCAGGGGGGCCAUCACAAUUUAACAUGCCACCAAAUUUCAGCCCUCCUAUGCACCCAGGGCAAGGUUUUAACCCUAUACUCUCACCUAGUGGAAUGGGUGGUGGUCCUGGAGGUGGUGGUCCUCCUCACCCACGCUUUGGGAUGCAGCAACCUCAGCAUGGUCAGAGUGGUCAUCCUUUCAACAGUCCUCCAAUGCCUGGGGGCCCUCGUGGUCCUCCCCAUGGCCCAAUGAAUCCAAUGGGUGGAAUGCCAACUGGAAUGAAUAUGAUGGGUGGUAUGGGGGGUGGAAUGGGUGGAGGUAACAUGGUAGGUGGCCACACAGGGAUCCCCCCACAAGGACCAUUUCCUCCCUCACAAGAUGGCCCCUAUCCUGGGCCGGGCACACCUGGUAGUGAAGAAGGUAAAAACUUUGUUGGUGGACCAGGCGGUGGUCCACCAGGUCCACCUCAGCAACCACCAAAUCUCAACCCCUCUGGUCCUCCGUCUAACAAUGCCACUCCAGGUCCAUCCCCGGCUUCUGGACCUACACAACCUGGAGGAGGGUUUCCUGGUCACCCUGAUGUUCAGCAAUCAACACCCAACACACCUGGGCAACCCUCAUCAGUGCCUCCUCCACCCAACCCUAAUUCCUCCCCUACUGGUCCACUCAAUGGUCCACAACCUCAGCAAGUCCCUCCAAAUCAGCACACUCCAGUUAACUCUGCCAGUGGCCCUGCUCCCAACACUCCGUCCAAUCAGCAGCAACCAACACCACCCAACUCUAACCCAGGCUCUGCACCAUACAAUCAGCAGAACAAUGCUCCUGGUGGUGGACCGAUGGCAAGUCAGCCACCCAAUUCCAAUCAAAACAACCUAAACAACACAGUUGGUAGUAACCCUAAUCCUCCAUCUAACUCAGCUUCUACACCUAACACACAGUCUCCGCUUCCCACUGGUCAAGCGCCACCUUCAGUUGGUCCAGCUUCUGGACCACCAAAGCUGGGAAGUGGAAUGGUGUUCCAUUGUGGAUUCUGCUUGUUAGAGGUACAUGAUGACCAGGAGGCCAUUCUUUGUGAGGCGUCGUGCCAGCGCUGGUUCCACAGAGACUGCACAGGCCUGACUGAGCCUGCAUAUGGCCUGUUGACCAGAGAGAGUGCUGCGGUAUGGGCUUGUGAUUUCUGCCUCAAGACCAAGGAGAUUCAGGCAGUAUAUGUACGUCAGAGUCUGGGACAGCUGGUGGCUGCCAACGAAGGCUAAGUGAUUAGGACUGAGAGAGAGGAAAGGAAGCAUAAAUGAUAUGGAACUGAUUGUUUUAUGCCUUUCAGCCAACAACACAGAGGCAGGCAGGCUAAGGAAAGUGGACAGAGUAGGAAAUGUAGGGAAACCAAUGGAUAGAGCACAAAUGGAAAAUGUGGACUCUGAACUUCCUGUGUUGAGUGCUCUUGCAAACCACAGAAGCACUUUUAGGGCUUACAUUUUUUUGAUGAUUGGAGAAAGUUUGAGCAUGUUUUUUUCAAGAACUCUGAUGACCAGUAACAAAUCAGGCAUUUCAUAUUACCUGUAUGAUUUGGCUCAUGUUUGAGAAAAAGAAAAUAUUACUCUUCUUGCUUAAAUUGAACACAUGGUUGUAAAAGUGCUGAAGAAUUUUCUAACAUUGUCAUAUUUAAAAGUAAUGAACGACUAUCCAGUAAAGUGUCCAGUCAGAGUAAACUUUCCCUCCAAAAGCAGCUUGUCUACCAGCAAAGCACUGACAACAACUCACUACCUCACAGAUCUAACAGUUGUACACAUGCUUUGGCACAGAUGGACUGCUAUCUAAAUCUAGAGUGAGGUCUCCCUACACCACCUCUUCUAGUCCAUGGUUUCCAUUUCAGUGUGUCCAAAGGGAAUGAGGAACUUCCUUCAUCCUGGAGAGAAAUGGUGUAUACACCUGUAUAUAAUUAAUAUUACUCACAUUUUUUCAGUUUCUAAUGGGAAGAGCUGUCCUGUAAACAGAAAGAUCCAUGACAUUUUAAUCACCCAGUUGCCAAGAUUUUGUCUUAAUAUACAUUCAUUCACCAUUUUUAUUUAAAACUGAGCGGUCAGUGUGAAUGGUUGGCUAUAUAGGGAGUAGUGCUACAUAACCAUAUCCGAUGUGUAUAGUCUUUGGAUUGCAUGUGAACCAAAUGCAGUAAUUUCUCUGCUGUUUGUAAUGUAUUGUUUCUUUUUAGGCCUCAUUGAGGGGUGUGAAGUAGACCAAAUAACAGAAUGAAAUCAAAUAUCGGAUCAUGUUUCUGUUGCUGAUAAAGAUGUUCUUUUUUUUCUUUCCACAUUUCUGUCCAGGUUGCCUUUUUCUUAGCAAUUAUCCUUUUUUUUGUACUGAUUGUCUAGUGUGCUUACUCUAGUGCCCUCUGUUGUCCAGGAUUGUGCAGUACUGUUUGGGGUGGGCAGAAGUAAGAUCAUGUUGUGAAAGAAGUAAAGGAAAAUGUAUUUGUAUUUUUACUUGCCAUUUUUGUAGACUAUUGUUGCAUUAAAUUUGGGUUGGAGUACCCACUAAACCAAGUCACGAAGUGAAUGUAAUAUCCUUCCUUUCUUUCGAAUGAAUGGCUCGUGUUUAAUGACUUUCUGGCUGCCUUCGCAAUCUUUCCAAAUAAUAUAAAUCUCAAAUAACAACACUAUUUGAAUCAUGAUGUCUGUAACAGUGUGUAAGUAACACCACAGGUUCUACACUGGUGUGUCCUGUCUGUAAACUUUGAUAUAUCUUUGGAAGUAAUAUCUUUAAUUACAGGUUAUUAGAAUACCCCACUAUUAAUCCUAAUCAUUUUUAGUAUUUUAUUUGUUUUAUCUGUUUUUAUUUUAUUCUGAUGUGAAACCCUUAAGGUUGUUUAUGUAGCAUGAAAUGGUCAUACUGCUGUUUUGAAUAAAAAACAUCGCAUGCAUUUUA